CAGUGCUUCCGCGAGUACCGUCACUGUCACUGGGUGUCUUGGACUAGGCACUGUGUCUUCGCCAUGCUGCAAUACGAAGUGAAUGGGACCUCAGCAAGUCCGGUGUCGACGACGCCUCACUCCAUGAAGUCACCCAGCCCCUCACCCAUCAGCCAAGCCAACAUGAGGAAACGCAAGGGCUCCACUGGCUCCUCCAUUUCUCUUGACUCUGCGAAGGUCUCUCUAGACGAGGCAGACGAACAGAUCCACGAUGAGCAGACGACUGACGGACAGAUCAGUGAUGUUGAGGUUGAACCUGAAUUCGAUGCUACAAUUGCCCCGGAUAUCAUCCCCGAAGUUGGCCCUGAGUCGGACGAAUUUCCCGUGGUGCCAGCCUCCAUCUCCGACAGGUAUAAGGUCGGGCGCAUGAUCGGAGACGGGAACUUCGCUGUGGUGCGGGAGUGCGUGGAGCAUUCCACUGGCCGGGCGUAUGCUUUGAAGAUCAUCAACAAGGGCAGAUGUCGGGGAAAGGAGCACAUGGUCCAGAAUGAGGUGGCUAUCUUGAGACGAGUGAAGCAUCCAAACGUCGUGCUGCUAAUCGAGGAGAUGGACACAUACGGCGAACUCUACCUGGUCAUGGAGCUGGUCAAGGGCGGAGACCUCUUCGACGCCAUCACCUCAGCAAACAGAUACACGGAGCGCGAUGCCGGCCGCAUGCUGUUCCACCUGGCCAACGCCAUCAAAUACCUCCACAGCCUGAACAUCGUGCACCGGGACAUCAAGCCUGAGAACCUGCUGGUUUACGAGCGACAGGACGGGACGAAGUCUCUGAAGCUGGGCGACUUCGGCCUGGCCACGGUGGUGGACGGACCCCUCUACACUGUGUGUGGCACGCCGACUUAUGUAGCACCGGAAAUCAUAGCAGAGACCGGAUAUGGCCUUAAGGUGGACAUCUGGGCAGCAGGAGUCAUCACCUACAUUUUGUUGUGUGGGUUCCCUCCUUUCCGUGGAAGCAAUGAUGACCAGGAGACACUGUUUGACAACAUCCUCUUGGGGCAGCUGGAAUUCCCCCUCCCAUACUGGGACAACGUCUCGGACUCAGCAAGGGAGCUGAUCAUCUCCAUGCUGCAGGUAGAGGUGGAUCAGAGAUACACAGCACUGCAAGUGCUGGAGCAUCCGUGGGUCAAUGAUGACGGUCUGUCUGAGAAUGAGCACCAGCUGUCUGUAGCAGGGAAGAUCAAGAAGCACUUUAACACCAGCCCCAAACCCAACAGCACGCUUGACCAGGAGUUCGCCAUCCAGAGGUCAGGCUCCCUCGACUACUACCAGCACCCGGGCAUGUACUGGAUAAGACCCCCGCUCUUGAUAAGGAGGGGCCGGUUCUCGGACGAAGAUGCCACCAGGAUGUAAGGAGGUCCAGCCCGGACCUGACCUGACCUCUGACCUGACCUGCCACCAGACCAACCAGACCACAGAGCCGCCCAGUAGCCACCACCGCUCCCACCUCCUCCCCGACCUCCGACCCCGUCCGUCCCAGUCCCACCCCCAGCUCCAGCCCCCCCCGCCAUCACAGCAGAGUCUGGAGACUACACCCCAGCGGUCGUCCGACAGGAGUCUCCUCUCCCAGCUCUCCCUGCCGUGGAGCGCGGUGAGAAGACCCAGUGGAGAGAGAAGAGAGGCUGGAUGGGGUGUACGAGGACUCGCGUGAUGAGGGGAAAACCGGAGAGAGAGAGAGAGAGAGACGAAGUGACUUUGAGACUUUUUUUGUGAGAAACUUUACAUUCCAUAAACCACGCUCAGAGAAGUAGAGAGUUAUGUGGUGAUGUGGGAGAUGUGCUUGUGUGGGUCUGAGAGAGAGUUAUUGCCCUUUUUAUAUUCUUGUUCUUCAUCACUGACUUGGUUUACUUAUUCCACUUAACACACUUAGAGAUGGAUGGAAUCUUCUGGAACGUGUCCAAACCAAGCUCACAUCCAGCAGUAUUGAGUCUGAUCACCUAUAGUCAUGUUGAAUGAUGAGUACUUCAAAUGACUACUUUAUGGCAGACUGUACAACUACCUGAUUCUUCAUUCACACACUUUUACUGUUGUUUCUGUCAUUUAACUGUCAUUUAACCAAAAAUAUAUGUGAAAAUCCAACUCAUACCAACAAAGUGCUCAGUAUUAGAUAUUAGUUAACUUUAGGCAAUAGAGGCUUGGGAAUCAGUUCAAUGUUCCAUGGACACCCAUUACUUCUGUUGUCUCCAAACAGAAAUGGUCACUUUUGAAAGAUUAAAAGACUUGCCACACGCAAUAUUUAACCUACCUACAGUAUGUGUAUCAUUGAGGUGGGAGCAUUUUUUUAUUCUAUGUACAUAGUACUAUUCUGAUUAUUUUAGUAUCCACAAUCUAUUUCUUUAUCGUAACCAGAGCACAUAGAAGCAAACGGUUCUAAAUGUUUAUCAGUGUGUACAUGUAGUUGUCUUAAGCCCAAGCAAGCACAAUCGCAUCGACAUUUACCGAGUCCCAUUUGGUAGGGAAGCGUUCAGUUUGCGCUCGGCUGUCUGUGAUGACCUACAGGGAGAUUGUGUCGUGCUGGGUGGCAAGUGCAAGAGUCACGUGUCCUGACGGACGCGACCGCAAGAAGCAGACAGAUGACUGGCCAGAGACUGGCCAAAACCGGACGGCAACGCAGGAUUGUUGCGCGCGUCACGAGCGAGUCAGAAAGCCGUGCACAGUUUCAACAGGAAGGCAAUGCCGGACGGUGACGUCUCAAACGUUGUUGAUACACCGAUACUGUCGGACAGACAAAAGGAGUUUGGUCAACGUUACUCAUCCUUCCAUUGGUCUGCGACUGAAUCAAGCUGUUGUAGUAACUAGAGCAUCUCAGUGUCUCUCAUGGAGUGAGUGAGUGAGGAGGCUUUGGCCCAUUGUGAGGAUGUUUGAAGCCCUUCGGCCUUCAUGGAAAUGUACUUCAGCAAGUGCAUGGUGUAGGAGGCACUGUUUGACUUAACACUGCUGUUCAAAAGAGGUUUAUUAAAAUAAUGAAA